CCCAAUUUAACCAGGAUUGUUAAGCAUUUGUUUACCUUGUUUUGUUGCUGCAAAUAGUCUUUUGGAUCUUGAUGGCUUCCUUACCGUUUCCAUUACAGAUCAUAUCGCAUUGGUGUCAACACAGUGCUAUACAAGAGGCCUAUAAUAAGGGCGCAACAUAGUGUUUCAACAAGAGGCCUAGUUUAAGUUGCUUAACUACACCUUAAGCACAUUAUCCAUCCCCGGCCCUGCAAAUAUUCAACCAGCUGGGGACAAUAUGUGCUCCCUGGAUUUAUAUCACACGUUUAACAUGAAUGAAUGUGAUAUCAACAAUUUUUGGUAUAAACAGAUGGAUGCACCCAUACCUUUCUCAAUUUGCCAUUCAUUUGAUACUAAAUAAGCUGUAACCCACAAAGUCCAUAAAGACUCCAUACUGAUACUACCCCAUAAUGAAUAAUUUAAAUGAUCAUGAUCAUGCUACUUGUGCCACUCCCACAUGGAUUGGAAAGGGUCUUACUUGUGUUUGUUUCAAAAGAAAAGGAGCUUAUGAGCGAAUUUGCAUCAAUUUGACACCAUUACAGGAAGAUAGAUUGCGGAGGUUGAAACAUAGGAUGAAGGUGAAUUUUGAUGCUUCUAGAGCUGACCACCAGGGAGCACUGAGAGCUCUUUGGUCUGCUACAUUCCCAGGUCAGCAUCUCCAUGGUUUGAUAUCAGAGCAGUGGAAGGAAAUGGGAUGGCAGGGUAGAGAUCCAUCAACUGAUUUUAGGGGUGCAGGAUUCAUUUCGUUGGAGAAUUUGCUCUUCUUUGCAAAGACGUUUCCUAUAUCCUUCCAACGUCUUUUAAAUAAGCAAGGGGGUAAACGAGCUACUUGGGAGUAUCCAUUUGCCGCUGCUGGCGUGAAUAUUACAUUCAUGAUCAUGCAAAUGCUAGACCUAGAAUCCGCGAAACCAAGGACCUUCGUAAGAGCAGUUUUCAUCCAGAUGUUAUCAGAAGAUGAAUGGGCAUUCGACUUGCUUUAUUGUGUGGCAUUUGUGGUCAUGGACAAGCAAUGGCUAGACAAGAAUGCCACAUACAUGGAGUUCAAUGAUGUUCUGAAAUCAACUUGGGCUCAACUAGAAAGGGAACUUCUACUGGAUGAUGUCUUACGGAUUGAAGACAUGCCGUCAUAUGGCCUUCUCUGUUGACAGUAAUUUAUGUGCCCAUUCGGUAAGAAUCCUACCAAAUUGGUGCUUCAAGUCUAGAUAUUUGUUAAGCUGUAUAAUCUUUUCUCUCAUUUUCUAUUCUCAAAUAUAAUCUGGUUCCAAGAACUGAAAAUUAACAUAGUAUUAAUUUAAAUUCAAUUUUGAGAAACAAUGGUUAAUUUUUUACCACCAUAUUGAUACUGAAUUGCUGCUAAUACCACGUGAGAGACAUGUGGAAACACAAUCCAUUUGGAUCUUCUUUUUUGUUUUUGUUUUUUUGAUUUUGUGAGAAAUUAGUUUGGAACUUGAAUUUGAUUUUGUUCACCUAGUCCUGAGAUUUUACUGGUUGAAGAGAUUAAAUUGAUUGUAAAUCAGCUUGCUUCAGUUUAUUUCACAUUCAUACAUGGAAGAGGGGUCACGGUCUCACAAAAUACGCAGUUAGCCACAGUGUCCAAGAUCAGUGGACAUCUAUCUUCUCAACCCCCUAUCUGCAAGCAAACAUUUCUUCACCUUAUGUGUUAGUUUUGCAGUUUCUCGUUACUGUGUUUCUUAUUUGUCUCUGCUUGUCAAGUAGACCAUCAAACAACCUGUUACCAACAUUAUGGGAACAAUUUGAAAUUUAUGGCAGCAUUUAUGCCCAACGAAACGCCUGAAAAUUUUGAGGGGCUGCUCUGGCAUCAACUUCUACCGUUGUCCAGCUCAAAUUUGAAAAUUCUGAGAUGGAGUAUAUUUUUUUCUUAGCUCUCUGUCCCUGGCUGGGUUUCUUUUUGCCAGCUUGCUUGUUUUGUUAACCCACGUUAAAAUCCACGAUUUUCCUUAAAAUUUGCAACAGCGAUAGACAGUACUGUACAAGUACUACUAACUCACACGGCUUCAUUUAAAGUCAACUACACAGAGGUAGAAUUGUGUCUCUACUCUAGAACAGGCAGGAGUGAUGGAGAUAUGGCAAGCAACAAUACUUCUUCUUUCACUCAUGAUAGCCAAGGCAUUUGCAGAUCUUCAAAACCCUGGUUUUGAAUCACCCCCAUCAAAUAUGCCAAGAAACUCAACGAACACAUUUGCGCCAUUGAAUUCAACAAUAAAUACCAUUCCAGGAUGGUCAUACAAAGGCACAGUCAAGUAUGUAACUUUUACUAGUCCUGGUGAACAUGCUAUAUAUUUAGGUCAAAAUGGGAAAAUUAAUCAAACAUUCAAAUCAAAUCAAGAAUCAAACCAUUAUUUAUUUACAUUCAAUCUUCAACCAGCUCAAUCAAAUUGCUCUAACCCUACUAGUGUUGUUAUAUCUGGGCCAGAUAGAGCAGUUCGUAUUUUUUAUCAACAGAAAUUCGGGAAUGAUACUUGGGAAAUUCAUGCUUGUUAUUUGGGUAGUCAUGGUAAUGGAGACUUGAUUAAUCUAUGUAUUGAAAAUCAAACAACUGAUCAAGUAUGGAUGGUGAUGAUGAUCAUGGUGGUAAUACUACUGUUAUUACUAAUUGUGGGGUGGUUCUGGGUUCAUUCAUUCUCAAGAACAUUGUCAAUCCUAUCAAGAAUUCUGAAAGCAACUUGUUGCUAAAUGGUGGAUUCGAAUACGGGCCUGCAUUUCCCAACAAUUCCUUCGGCGGUAUUCUGAUUGAUGCAGAAUCAAGUCCAACUCAGUCUACAUUAAACCAAUGGGCAAUACUAGGUACAGUGAAAUACAUUUCUUCAAACAAGAACUAUAUAGUCCCAGAAGGAAAUGCUGCAAUCGAGAUUGUUUCAGGGGAAUCAAGUGGGUUACAAACAACGGUUACACUAAAAAAAGGUUCCAAGUAUGACCUGGAACUCGUAAUUGCUGAUGCCAAUGAUUCGUGUAUUGGUGAUUUCAUGGUGGGUGUUCAAGCAGGAUCAACUGGUAAAAAUUUCACAUUACAAAGUAAAGGAAUUGGUUCAUCGGAGGAAUUUACAUUGACAUUUGUAGCAGAUUCAAGUGUUACUCCUAUUAGUAUCCUAAGUUUCACAACAACCCAAACUAAAGAUCUUGUGUUGUGUGGUCCUGUGAUUGACAAAGUUGUACUUCUUGCUUCUUAUGGCUUGAAACUGCAAAUAAAGGUUCUUUUUGUUGGUCUUGGGUU